AUGAAGUAUCUUCUGCUCCUCACUUUCAUAGGAAUUACUCUGGCAUUGCGUGACCAAUCCAUAGCUGUACGAGGAAAACUGUUAUGUGGCGCAAAACCAGCUAGUAACGUACGUGUGAAGCUGUGGGAGGAGGACAGUGGUAAUGUACAUCCAAAACGUUCCGUAAUUGCUACAAUUGAUAGUUUAGGUCCCGAUCCGGACGACCUCCUUGACCAAGGGUACACCGACCAAAAUGGCGAAUUCCAGUUGGGCGGUGGCACAGCUGAAUUGACCCCCAUCGAUCCUGUUUUUAAAGUUUACCACGAUUGUGAUGAUGGCAUUAGGCCUGGCUCAAGGAAAGUCAAGUUUGCUCUACCAAAAUCGUACAUCACCCAGGGAAGAGUUCCGAAGAAGACAUUUGACAUAGAAUACUUGUUGUUCAAGAUAAUCGAUAAUUUGGUUGAAAGUUCAUGCGAAAAGUGA